AUGUUGAACUCUAUUUAUAAAGCACAUUUUCACUAUUUUUUGCAGCAUAUUUAUUGCAUAUUUAGUGCAUAUUUUGAUACAUUUUUUGGGCUUCUUGAUGCACAUAGGUAUGUAUAUGCACAUAUGUGGCGAUUUUCCGGGUAUAUUUUUGCCCAACUCCAUUAAUAACUUUUAAAUAGGUAUUUUGUUAAUUUAAAUUAUUGGGCAAGAUAUUAUUUUUCCAUUACCUACCCAAUUUUUCUUUAUUAGCAAUAUUUUGAUUGAGUGUUUCAUCUACUUUGUUUUCUCCUCCAUUUGUACUAGUGCUAGCAUUUGUUUUUUCAGUUGCUUUAUUACCUUCAUUUGUGGCUAGUAAAUAAAAAAUACUAAAAUUCUUUUUACAACAAAUUUACAAUUUUGUGCCGUUUCUUGAUUUAUUGUCUCAUUAUUGAAAUUUUCAGGUAUUCGACUUCUAGUUCUUCUUCUUCUUCGGCUUAUACUUCUCCCAUCCCUUAUUAAAUUUAAUUCUUCAGCCUCAUUUUCGAUAACAUUCUCAAUAUCUUCCUCUUCACUUAUUUCCUUCUCUUCGGCAUUAUUUUUUUGAUAUUUUCGAAUAAAUUUAUUU